CGUACAUUCGUACAUCGAAUUUUCGCUGACUUUUUUCACGGUAUUAAUAUUAUCUUUUUGUCAUUUGCCAUUCGUUUUCUCUAAAAGUAUACAAAUACAACUUAUGACAAGGAACAUUUAGAAUUGGAGCGAAUUUCGUGUGUUUGAUAGUAUAUAACUUGAUAAUAUAUAGCUAUUAUUUUUGUACGAGGAAGAUUCAAAUAACCGUUCAUUCUUGAUGAGGAUACUUGCAACGAUUACUUUCGAGAACGGAAAAACUGUUUUGUUAAAUCGUUGAAAUUUGAUAAAAAUUGAAUUCCUUUACGAAUUACGAUUCUUUAAACGGUCAAUCAAAUUUGUCGAGAACUUUAUUCAUCUAUUUUUCGGUUAAUCCAUGCGAUUAAUCUUUUUGAAGAAUCGCGAUACAUGUAUUUGUGGAAUAGCGAAGCGCGCCAUAAACUUAACGUAUACUACGUACGUGUAUAUUUACGUGGUGGCGUUCAGGAAUCGGAACACGGCGGAAGAAAAUAACUUAAAGUGUUCGCGUGAGACAAGUUAGAACGAAUUGCAGCGCAUUCGUGUGAACAUUGUUGAGACGUAUGAUUUUUGGUGUUGUGUUAUGAUGAACCAAGUCAUCGCGCGGUCCUCGUAAAAGAAGGUCAUCUUUUCUGCGGGCUGCGAUUAUCCGAAAUAAAAUAUCAUUGACCCAGUUAGCAGCGCAAAAGUAAUUAGACAUUCGUGGUGGAGUAGCCUAACAGGGACCGUAGAUUCGUGGUCCGCGGUUAGUGUACCCGAGCGGGGGCUCGAGGGGGACUAGUGCGUCGGUCAUAGUGGAGGAGACAGGGGUCCACGAUGCCCCCCAUAAUAGGGGAAACGUUGCGUGUAUGGUUCCUCUCGGCGUUGGUGGUUCAUGGUGCUGUCGCUGGCAAUCCGGACGCGAAACGCCUUUACGACGACUUGCUUUCUAACUAUAACAAACUAGUGCGCCCUGUUGUGAAUACCUCGGACGUGCUACGCGUGUGCAUCAAGUUGAAACUCUCCCAGCUCAUCGACGUGAAUUUGAAGAAUCAAAUCAUGACGACGAACCUGUGGGUGGAACAGUCAUGGUACGAUUACAAGCUACGAUGGGAGCCGAAGGAGUAUGGAGGAGUUCACAUGUUACACGUGCCGUCCGAUCACAUAUGGCGGCCGGAUAUAGUCCUCUACAACAACGCGGACGGCAACUUCGAGGUGACCUUGGCCACGAAGGCCACCAUCUACCAUCAAGGAUUGGUCGAGUGGAAGCCCCCCGCCAUUUAUAAAUCAUCCUGCGAGAUCGACGUGGAGUACUUCCCAUUCGACGAGCAGACCUGUGUCCUCAAGUUCGGUUCGUGGACCUAUGACGGCUUUAAGGUCGAUCUAAGGCAUAUGGAUGAGAAAUCGGGAAGCAAUGUGGUGGAUGUCGGUGUCGACCUCUCCGAAUUCUACAUGUCGGUAGAAUGGGAUAUUUUAGAAGUACCUGCAGUACGAAACGAAAAAUUUUACACCUGCUGCGACGAGCCGUACCUGGAUAUUACAUUUAAUAUAACGAUGCGAAGAAAAACACUUUUCUACACUGUGAACAUAAUUAUUCCAUGUAUGGGAAUUUCCUUUCUUACGGUACUGACGUUUUAUCUACCUAGCGACAGCGGGGAAAAGGUCACGCUCUCCAUUUCCAUUCUCAUCAGUCUUCACGUGUUUUUCCUGCUGGUCGUCGAGAUCAUUCCACCUACGUCGCUGGUCGUGCCGCUGCUUGGAAAGUACCUGAUAUUCGCCAUGAUACUCGUUUCGAUAAGUAUAUGCGUGACAGUGGUUGUACUUAAUGUCCACUUCCGAUCGCCACAAACUCACAAAAUGGCUCCUUGGGUGAAGAGAGUUUUCAUCCAUAUCCUUCCUCGCUUGUUGGUCAUGCGAAGGCCUCAAUAUAAAUUCGAAACAAAUAGAUAUAGUUCUGGCAGAGUAUUAAUGAGAACAGUCAGAGGAAAGGAAAAAACUUGUUAUUAUCCUUAUCAUCCAUCUACUCAAGAGGAUAGCGAAGAACACCUAACGCCAAAACGAUUUCAUAGUCGUGCCGCAUCAAAAGAAGAUCUUUCACCUUCCAGUCUCGCUGAUGGCGCAAGGUUCGGCGGAAGUUGCUUAAUCCACGGGCCGCCAUUACCACCGCUUCCUCUUCACACGGAAUGCGAAGACCUAUCUGUUUCCGGCGAGGCAGGGAUCGAGGAGGUUAAAAGUCCUGUACUUCGAAGCCCUCCUGCUUUCUCGCAUUCGCGCUGCCCUCCCGAAAUUCACAAAUCCUGCAUCUGUGUGCGCUUCAUCGCGGAACACACGAAAAUGCUCGAAGACUCGACAAAGGUGAAAGAAGACUGGAAAUACGUGGCGAUGGUCUUAGACAGGCUGUUCCUUUGGAUCUUCACGUUGGCGGUGCUGGUAGGCACAGCUGGGAUCAUCCUACAGGCACCGACCCUCUACGACGACCGGGUACCAAUUGAUAAAAAAUUCAGCGAAUUCGCAACCACGGCGGUGGUAAACUGUCCGCCACAAUAGUCCAUGCCCGAGCCCUGCACCGUAGAGAAAGACUAAGGACCAACAUCCGGAUGUAAUUUGCUAUCAACCCGGAAUCCCACCCUAGUCUUAGGAACUUUCAACUUCCAUCGUUGUCCAAUAACGAAAUUACGGUAAAAGGGCUCCAUUCCCACGAAGCGAUUGUUAAGUAUACGACAUGCACAUAAAUGUUUCACGAAAAGAAAUGGAACGACGAAUGGUUCGAGGAAAGUAGUAGUGCGAAAUCUUUGCAUUCUCGUUUGGACACGAAAUUGACAAACGAGGAAUACAAUAGAACGUCGAUUACUUGAAUUUAGGUUAUUCAAAUGAUUGAUUGACAAGAAAACUCUGGUUUCGAUGAAAAUUUGUAUAAAUAGAGCGAGUAACGAGUUAUAACUAAAAUUGUUAAAAUUUUAGCAUUUUUUCGUUUGUUUUGAAUUCAAUGUUGCCUGAGAAUUUUUUUUACAACGGGAUGAAAGAGCGUUAAAAAAAUGAAAUGUUUUUUAUAUAAAAAAAUUUGCUCCAUUUCACGUCAUUAGAAAAUUACCAUUAUACUUGAAAAAUUAAAAUAAUAAGCUGCUCGGUUUUCCUAUUAUAAAAUGAAUUCCCAGGAAAAAUUACAUUUGAAAAAAUUUGGAAAAAAAAUUUAGCGGUUGAUUCUUUAUAUAUGCAGAAAAAAUUUCAUUAAAAUCAGAAUCAUCGAAUUAAGUAACAUAGUAUAUGAUAUUAUUUAUUUAAUGUUUACGUUCUAUUCUGGGGCAAUAUUAAUUUUGUGAUGCAUCUUCUUUAUUCUUUAUUAUUAUUUCUUUCUUUAUACACUUAAUAAACAUCUAUAUCUAAAAAAUUACUCGAUUUCAUGACUCCCCAAUUAAUUCGAAUAAUCGAUAUUCUAUCGUAGUUAAAUUCUACCUAUAACAUAAAAUACGAAAGAAUACCUAUCAGAGUUAUUUUCAAAAAAAAAAGAAAAAAUAUUCCUCGAAAUUUUCCCAAGUUUGAGUGUGCAUCACCGAUAUAAGCAAACGAGCGAGCUGCUGCGACACCUGUCGGCCGUUUCAAGACCUUGGAUCCAUUCCUAGCUUCGUUCAAGUGUCGCAAUUGUGAAGUAACCAUCGGCGCGUCGAUACAUCGCGAACAAUUAUUGAAACAAAACGUAUAUCUACAUAGUAUGCUCAAGUAAAUCGUAAAAUGAAGCUGCCACUACUUAAAAAUCGGAUUAAAUUAAAAACAACAAGCUAAUUAACUGUAAUAAUAACUUAGCUAAACCCUUGGCGGUUUAAACUACCGGGAUGUCUGAGAGAAAUGGGAAUACGUGAGGAAGGGAAGAGAAAGAGAGACGGGAAGAGGAUCGAAGUGAUUGGUCCCGGACUAGGAGUUAAAACUUUCACGAAUAAACUGUCGUGCGGCCGCGUGUUUUAUAUAUCCUGUUUACCCGACAUAUUAAGAGAAAUUAUUCUAGGUAUCACGAUCGUAGGUAGCUCGUUGUACGACACGAACUUAGCGUGUAACUUAUCGUAUAAUCGAUUAUAGUUUUAAAACAUUUAGGAAAACGUACCCAUUUGUACGAAUGUAUCUAUAAGGAGAAGGAGGAGGAGGAGAAGGGAAGAGCAAUGAUUUGAAUGUACGUGCAUCCAAAUGUCGCUUGAGAUUACUGUUCGUAACGUCUUAUCGUUGAGAUGUUUGUGAAAAGAUAAUAUGCGUAUAAUUUUUUUUUUUUUGAGUUUCAAAUAAUUGAUCUUUAAUUUAAGAAAAAUACGUUUAAUUUUUGAAUAAUUUGGAAAGUAUUUUUUUACGAAUAUGUAGAAAACAAUGCAAUUUAGGAUGGAAAGUUAAAAAAUUACUUCAUAAUGUACAUAUAGAGUAACUUUCAAAAGUUGAAUUGAUGAUUUUUGGAUUUAAUUUCAAAAAAUUGCUCGAAAUUAAUUCAGGAAUCUAAAUUUUGUCAAUUUUUGAAUCACUUUAUGUACAAUAUAAUAAUAAUUUUCAAUGAAAUUCAAUAUAUUAAUAUUAUUCUUAAAAUCAAUUUUAAAUAAUUUUAAUAGAAAUGAAUCAUAAAAAUAUUUUUUUUAAGAAAUUAUUAUUACGUUUGUUCAAAUAAUGUGUAAUUAAAAAUUAAAAAUAGAAAAAUCUCUUUUAAAAUUCUUGUGGAAACAAAUAAAAAAAAUGUUAACUAUCUUAAGUUGCAAAAGAAUAUUUAUAAAAAAUAUGAUAUAUUUAUAGAUAUAAAAGCAUGCAAUAAUGAAACAAAAAAUAUUUUUAUUAAACAUGCUUAUUUUGAUAUCUCAUAGAAUAGUAUAGUGCUAUAUUUGCAUAAUUUAAUAUAAAAUGAAUAAAAAAUAUAAAGAAAAAUAUCUUUGAAUAUCAAAUUUUAUUUUCAAUAUAAUUAAUUAAUAUAAUGGAUUUUUUUCUGUAUUACUAAUAUUCAUAAUUUACAAAGGGAUUAUUUAAUACGAUACAAUUUUUCGUUAUUAAUAGAUCAAUUAACAUUUUUUUUUUUUGAGUCUCUUUUGAAGUAAAUUUUGAUUUUUAAAUUUCAAAAUCACCUUUAAUUUUUUCCAAGUUUAUAAUUUUUUAUGCUCGAAACAAUAUUUAUUAAACUUCAAUAUGGUUAUAUAUAAAAAUAUUGAAUUUGAAAAUUUAUUUAGAAAAAGAUAAUAACAUUAAUUAUAAAAAAAAUUCAUGAAAUUUUUUUCGAUAAAGUAUCUACACUUUAUAAAUACGUGCAAUUUAUAUUAAAAUGACUAAUAACCUUUUUUUAUAAAAGUUAAAUAAUAAUUUUGAUAUAAUUUUAUUUCUUAAUAUAUUUAUUAAUAAUACAUUCUUUUUUCCGUAAAAUAAACAAAUUUUAUUUAAUAUCGUUGCUAUUAUUUAUUAUUUUUCUUUCUAUUCCAAUUUUUUGGAUCAACAUAUUGGAUAAUAUAUAUAAUAUAUCAUAUAUCAUAUAUAUUUAGAUUAUCAAUAUAUUGGAUAAUAUAUAUAAAAUAAUAAAAUAAAAAAAUUAUAAAAUAUAUAUAUAAUCCUGAAAAUAAUCUAUGACAAACAAAAUUUUUCGACCGAUCUAUUAAUAAUGAAAAUAAUCGAAAUGGUCAUGCUAAAUAUCUAUCUCUUAUAACAACACCAAUUUACAAUUUAUAUUGACCAUUUGACAAAUUCGACGAUCUCGAGGGACAUUUCGUUGCACACGUGUUAUACUUCGCCUCUGUAAAAAUAUUGUAUUUUGUAACAAGAGUCGAAACCCGCGAAACAUUACGAUAAUAAUAACCGAUAGUUCUGUAAGAACAAGUAAAGCAUACGAAUUCUAAAGCUGAUAGAUAGUAGCUGAUUGAACAACCGUUGACGUUGUUGUUCAAUGCUGUAGUACGUGGUUGAUGUCACUGUGAGUUGUCUUAUAUUCUUUUCUCUCGUUUUCCUUCUUUUUUCUCUUUUUCCUUUCAUUACUCCUUCGUUUAUUCUUUUUUUUUCUUUUUCCUCUUAUUUUAAUAUAAUCACGCGCUAUAUUUAUAAACAUGUACUAUCGCGGUUAAAACGAUUGUUAGUUACGCCUCGUGCGAGCGGACUGAUAUUCGCGAGAAAUAUAAAACUCAAUGUCGGAGAAUCUGGGAUCCCUCGGCAAAAUUAAUAACACGAUGACGAUCGUUAAAUCAAUUACGAUUAAUUUCUUUCGAGACGAAAAAAAAAUGAAGAAAAAUCCGAUCGAAUCUCCGCGAUGAAUCACCAAUUCUCCGACGUCUCUAUCGUUAGACGUAAUUCAUAGCUGGGAAUGAUAAUUUUAACGCAUCCAAGGUACGAUGCCUUACGUCACGUUGGAUUGUAAAUAAAUUCGUAGCGUGAGAAGUAUUGGAUUCCGUAAAUACUGCCAUUAGAAAGCGUUGUUAGUGUGAAAGACGUUUUUUGAAUCGUCGAUAAGCUCCACGGUUCCUACUCAAUCGGUAACUAACUCUGUUCUCGAGAAGUCAUUUUUAACCUAAAUUACUAUCGAAGUGAAAAAAAUUCGAUCGAUUAAAAUUUCAAAUUUCGACCAACGAUUAAAAUCGAUGAUUAAGAUGUAAUUUCAGUUGCUGAUUGAACCAAAGAACCGAGCUCGUAGUGUCGGAAAGACAAGUUAAACGUAUUUGCUACCUGAUUGAAAAAUCGUCCAGUGAACGCCGAACGUACGUUAGAACGAGUGGGACAUUCGCAUAGUCGAUCUCAGAUGUCGCUGCAAUGCCCCUUAAGCCACACGAUUAGAGAGCCUCCUUUAGAGGAACGAACGAGACUAAGUAAGAAAUUUUACUUUGCACUAAAACGAUAGGGAAGAACGCACACAAUUUUCUAUGAUAGAGUCGGUUAUUUGUUUACACCGUAUUAUUAAACGCAUUAGUGUGUCGAAGCAGCUGUAUUCGAUCUGUAGGUCUCGUUCCCGCAACCCAUCGAUAUUAAAGGUCUCACCUCGACAAUAGUAGAUUAUUCCAUCGAUAGUCGGCUAUUGUUACUCUGAUAUUUUAACAGUUGUUAAAUCGUAGCUGUUUAGUUAUCGUUAGACCGCGGAUAUUUAUGCAUAUUUUUGAACGUAUAAAAAUCUGUAUCAAAAUGCAAGGGGAAAAAAACAUAAAAUGUUUAAAAUAUUCGAAAUAAGAAAAUAUUCGUUUCUUUGAUUUACAAGAAUGAUUUGAUUUUGCAUAAAAGUCCGCAGUCUAAUUGUCAUUAACACGAGGCGAUCAAAAUAAUAAUUGUCCAAAAUCGAAGGGAAAAACUAAACGUUCUUGAAUGGGAGAAUAAGUGCGCGGUAUCUAGUAAGAAAAUAGCGAGAUAGAAGAAAUAAAUAUAUAUAUAUAUUAUACAUAUAUAUAUACCUGUAAUUUUAAGAUGUAAAUAAUGUGUACAUAGCUAAACGUAACGUAAGCCAAAGAUUAUAAAGCGAUUGAAGUUUUUUUACUAUUGAAAAAAACUGGGAUCACAUGUUGCACAGAUGAAUCCCAUGAAAUUGUUUAAAAAAAAAUCGUUGUAACGCGACGAUGGUCGAUAAAUGAAAUUCAUGAAGCGAAUGUCAUUUCGUUUAUCAAUGACAACGAACUGGUCGAGAUAAUUUCGUUCGAAGUUAUUUCGUAAAAUAAAUAUAAUGAAUAUAUAACGUAUCAUUUUCGUCUAAUUUUCAUUAUUGAGAUUUUAAUUCGUCAUCUAUUUUUUUAUAUAUAAUAUAAAUUUCAAUCGACGUUUAAAAUUAAUAUUACGAAUAUACAGUCGGAUCUUAAUUCGAAUCUCAAAGAUACAAUUAAAAUUUUCGAAUUCAUGUGGCUCAUUUUUGAAUAAAAGAACAAAUUCAAAAAACGAAAAUUUGAUGCAAUUAUAAUAAUUGAAAGGAAAAUUUAAUUACGAUUAUAUUAUAGUUAUUAUAUUAUUAUUAGAGAUAAAUUCAUCUCGACAAAUAUAUGCAGCAAAUAAUUCGAGUUAUAGAAAAUUUAGAUUUCGAUUUAUAAAUAUUUUCAUGGUGAAGAAAGAAAAUGAAGAAAAAUUAUAAUUUUAUUGAGAUUCGACUGUAAUAUUUUCAUACACGAAUAAAUAAAAGGAGGAAUUCCACUUUAAUCGUUGUAAACGAUGGUUCAUUGGAUUUGUCUGAAAAUUUAUCUAAUAAUUAGACCGCGGAUUUUUAUGCAAUUGAAAUAAGAUAUCCUGAUAUUCAAACUCUGAUAUAUAUAUAUAUAUAUAUAUCAAAAUACAUCUUAUUAUUCAAAAUGUACGUUAAGUUUAUGAAUAUAAAAAAAUUUUCUCAUUAAUGCUAAAUUAUUAUUAUUCAUCUGAAAAAAUUAUUCAGAAUUUUCGAUAUUAAAUCGUAACCAAAAACUUUUAUUCAAAAUAUGAUUUUAAAAAUUUGUUUACAAUUUAUUCAAUUAUAUUUUAAAUAAUCGUGAAGUAAUGAAAUGAAACGUAUCCAAUACGAAAAAUAUGUAUCCGCAUAAAAAUCUGCAGUCUGCCUAUAAUAAUUAUUCCUCGCGACAUAAUUUCUGUAUUUAAGUUGAUUCGACGAUUAAUUACAAUUCACGUGUCGUAUAUUUUCAUUCACGCAACAAAUAUAUAUAUAUAUAUAUAUAUAACGGGUCUCGUUUAACUAUAUAAUCCUAGAAUAAAAUCGCAAUGCUGCAGACGAUAAUUCGCUAAGUGAGAUCAUUGGUUAUCGUGGCCUUCGCCUGGAACUUAUACUUAAAAGGUUUUUUCCAGCGUCAAAAAGAGAAAAAAAGGAAGAAAGAAAAAAGAAAUUGAUAACGUGGCGUGUCGCCGACGAAAGAAAAAUCGACGCAGAUUCAAAUCGUUCCUCGAAGCACAAUUUAUACAGGAUUUAAAGGGAGUGCUCGAAAGGAUGGAAUACGGGCUUGCUUGUUUGCCCGUAACUCGAUCGAUAUUUAAAUAAAACUGCAUGUACUUCGAAAAACGAUCGUUAUGCGGGUGUUACGAGAGGACUUUGGUGUCGAAACUUUGCAAAUUUUGUAUAUAAUUUCGUUUAACGAAAACUUCGUUUUCAUUCGAAUUCGUUUUCCUCGAGAUAUGCGAGCAAUUGAAGAUAGUAAUGGUGUAAUCUCCAUGAUUAAUUUUUCAAGAAAAAUAAAUUUUUCUGGGAAAAUUUCUUGGAUCAAUUUAAUUAAAAAAAAAUUUAUUAAAUACUAAAAUAAAUAAAAGCGAAUAUAUCAAUGAAUAAGAUUGGAGAUACAUUUUAUUAUCUGUAAUAUCUCAUUAUUUAAAAUAUUAAGAAUUUUUUUAACAUCUUUUUCUAUUAUAAAAUUUAAGUUUGUGAAAAGUAAAGAUUCGACGAUGAUGAACAAGCGUUGAUUAGGCAAAAUGUCAAAGAAACGUUUCUCUAGAAGGCUUGAAAGCUUCUGAUUAAAAAAAAAAAUGCCAUGGAAUUAAAUAAACUAAUCGAAACUCAUUAGAAGUAUCGUAUCAUUGUUAAAUAAAUGGGGGAAAAAUUAUUAUUAUUAUUAUUAUUAUUAUUAUUAAAGUUAAGGAAGAGCGGAUAAAUUGAAUUUUAAAAAUCGUACGUAUGUAUACACAUUUUCAACAUAAUAAUAAGACAUCGCAUUUUUUAUCUUAAAAAGAUUCGAAUUUCCAUAUCUGAUACCAUAAAAUGGAUUAAAAUGGAUACAUCGAUUAAUUCCUCGUUUUUACGUGUAUUCGUAUAUUGUUACAGUGCCAAGUAGACGAGCAUAAAAUCUCAUAAUGACAAUAAAGAACACCUAAAUAGAUCAGUCAUCGUGAAAUCUGCUCUUUUCGAUUCUCUCUCAUUUAUUCAAAAAAAAAAAAAAGUCGAGAUAUAAAUUUGAAACUCUCAUUUGUGACUCUGAAAGCGACAAAAAAAAUUGUAAAAUCAUUUUAACAAGAUAUUCAACGGAUAAAAAUAAUUUGUCGUUACCAGAAAUUUUAAUGGAAUUUAUCUUAUAAAUUAUAAGUUUGACAGUAAAUGAUCAAUUUUCAAUCGACACCCGCGUCCCGAUCUUUGACCAGAGACACUUGACACACGUUUUAAUGCGUAACAUUUAAUGAAAAGGUAGCUUAAAAAAAAAAAAAAAAAAUUCCAUAAAUUGAGAAAUAUUAGCGACUUAGGCUAAGAUGAGUAAGAGAUAUGGUUACAUUAUAACGAUAAUUAAUAGUAAAGAAAAAUGUACUGUAUAGCAAUAGUGCUAUUUAAAAAUGAAAGAAAAAUAACAAGCAGAAAAUAAAUAAAGGAUGAAAAUUAUCCGAGUAUUGGACUACUAUCGUUAGAUACAACUACUAUGUAUAUCGUUUGUUAAAUAUGUACCUAUAAAUUAUUGACGACCGUCGUUCUAAGACUAUACGAUGUAAGAACGAGAAUUCUUGUUGCUUGGUUUUGUAAUCAUGCUUGAUAAAAGCAUUCGAAGAAUAAAACUUGUUGUCGUAGAAAAAA